AAGAGUUGAAAAAAAAAGAAUAGAGAGGGUUUUACCUAGUUCCUUCCCAGAGUCACAGCUACAAAGAUCAUCAUGAACCAAAUCGUAUCUUCACCAUCCUUCGGAACCGCAGCCGCUAGGUCCCUCAACUACAUCCGUCCACUCUACGCAGCUCUGCCUCUAAUAUCAGCAGGAAUCAACGCCGCCUCCAAGCCCGCCGCUACCAGCGUCCGCAAGUUCAGCAGCUCUCCCCUGCCUAGUUACAAACCUUCCGCCCCUCCUCGGACGCAACUAUCCUCCGCAGCCAGCGCCUUCGUCCGUCAGUUCAGCAGCAGCUCCCCUGCUCAAGCUGUUCUCGACAGAUUCCAACUCACGCCCCAGACUAACUGGGGAGUCCGAAUUGUACCUGAGAGGAAGGCGUGCGUGGUCGAGCGGUUCGGAAGAUACAGAAAGACUCUAGGGUCGGGGAUCCACUUCCUUGUACCGGGUGUGGAUCGUAUCGCUUACGUUCAUUCCCUCAAGGAGGAAGCGAUUCCUAUUGGUAAUCAGUCUGCGAUCACAAAGGAUAACGUCAGCAUCCACAUCGACGGUGUUCUUUACGUCAAGAUAGUGGACCCUAAACUAGCUUCGUAUGGAGUUGAAAAUCCAGUUUACGCUGUUGUCCAGUUGGCUCAGACUACAAUGCGUAGUGAGCUCGGUAAGAUUACACUCGACAAGACUUUUGAGGAGCGAGAUACUCUCAAUGAGAAAAUUGUGGAAGCUAUUAACGUGGCGGCAAAACAUUGGGGUCUUGAGUGCCUUCGUUAUGAAAUAAGGGACAUCAUGCCUCCUAACGGAGUUAAGAUUGCUAUGGAAAUGCAAGCUGAAGCUGAACGUAGAAAGAGAGCCCAAAUUCUCGAGUCUGAAGGAACACGGCAAGCCCAUAUCAACAUUGCUGAUGGUAAGAAAAGUUCUGUAAUCUUGGAAUCAGAAGCUGCAAAGAUGGACCAAGUCAAUCGAGCAGCAGGUGAAGCAGAAGCAAUAUUAGCUAGAGCACAAGCCACAGCCAGGGGACUGACCAUGUUAUCUCAAUCUAUCAAAGAAACUGGUGGAGUGGAGGCUGCGAGUUUGAGAGUUGCGGAGAAAUACAUUGAAGCUUUUGGCAACAUCGCUAAGGAGGGUACUACAAUGCUGCUUCCGAGCUCUGCUGAAAAUCCUGCAAACAUGAUCGCUCAAGCUUUGACAAUGUACAAAAGUCUCGUCCCCAAGAGUGCUCUCCAAGAAACUCUAGCAGUAGAAUCUUCCGACGUGGUUAACUGAGCUACACCUUUCACUAGAAGACCAUGCAUGGUAGCUGAACUAGGAACUAUAAUUAUUUUUUGACCUGUGAAAGCUUUUUUCAUAUGAGAGACAGUUAUCAACUUAUCUUACCUGACUGUCAUUCUUUUUUUUGCAAACUAGAAAGGAUCUAAACUCUCAUCUCCAGAUUUGGUUGGC